AUGGAAUCAUCAUUAGAGCCAUCAGAGGGAACAUCUCAAAGUCACAUUUCUAAGAUUUUACAAGAUCCAGCUGUGCCUCUGGUCCAGAGAAGAAAGUUGGACUCCCUUCCAAAGAAGCAUAGGCAUCCUAAAAAGGGUAUAAAGGCAAAGAGAAUGAAAAAGAGAAAGAAGAAGGAGAAAAUGAAGGCCCAGUGCCCCCCCAGUCUUCCAAUACCUUUGGCACCAUCACAAAGUGAAGAAGAUGCAACUGUAGAUAAAAUACCAGCCAUAGUCAGUGCCCAAGAAGAUCCUGCCUUUCACCAUGAGGACAGGGUACAGAGGCAGCAGGACAAGAGUCCCUGUGUGAUGGAUCUGGAAUGUCAGAUCCAACCCUGUGAUCUCUCAGUGCAGGAACCUGAGCCUUCUUCUCCUACAGUGACGUCCUUGGCAUCACCACCACUCUGCUUUGGUCGUUUCCUAAGCUGUGUCCGUCAAACCUUCUCAAAGUCUAAGAAAAGGAAACUUUGCAGAAGAAAGAGCAGCAACCAAGCUGAAGCAGGAGGUGAUGCUAAAGUUCCAAGACCUGAUCGGCUAAGCAGUCUGGGUCCAAACAAAGUAUAG